AAGCGGCUUGAACACUAGAGCUCAGAUAGCGGUGGAGGAAGAACAAACGCAUAGAGCCUAACACCUGCCAGACUAUUUUACUAUUUUAAGUGUUAAUAUAUCCUGGAUUUGUCUAUGCCUGGAUUUGUCAUUCCGGAGUUUUCAGGGGACGAUGACUUAAAUGAAAACGUGAGAGAUUUCUAAAGCAUCACGUAAUUUCCAUGCAUGUAAUUUGAGGAAAAGUGCUCUCUGCAUGAAGCAAACUUUUUGACAACUUGCGAAACCUUACCAAGCAGUGGGUCUACGUGAAGCAGUAUUACACGUUUACAUUGCCUACGGUGAUACACAUUUUCUACUAUUAGUUUGGAGGCAGAUUUCAAACGUUAUCAUUUUCGGAAGGCUAAACAACGCCACAGAAUGUGACAUCUACUGUCUCGCGACGACGCCGACUGAGCAUACCUGCAUUGCAAGACUCCAAAGGUUAACUCUGCCUUCAUCGCUAUGGAGACCACCCAAGCCCUCCUCUUCUUUCUCCUGAGUUUAUGUGUCUACAGUUGCCAUGCCGACACUCGGACUGCUCCCAGAGUGCAUUUGUCUUACAAAGAGCUGUUGGAGACGCGGACGGCACGGCCCUUCUCCUUCUCCUUCAACACCAGUGACUACCGCAUCCUGCACAUGGACCAGGACCAGGGCCGUCUCUACCUGGGCAGCCGGGAGUACCUGGUGGCCCUGGACAUGCACAACAUCAACAAGGAGCCCCUCAUAAUUCACUGGCCGGCCACUACCCAGAGGAAAGGAGAGUGUAGAAUGACUGGAAAGGGUGGGCAGGGGGAGUGUGCAAACUUUGUGCGUCUGAUUGAACCCUGGAAUCGCACACACCUAUACACCUGUGGCACAGGGGCCUAUAAGCCUAUCUGCACCUUCAUCAACAGAGGAUGGAGAGCAGAGGAGUACCUGUUUAGGCUGGUCCCUGGCUAUGGGGACUCAGGGAAAGGGAAAUGCUCAUAUGACCCUCGACAGGAGAACGCUGCGGCCCUUAUCAAUGGGAAUCUGUAUGCAGGGGUCCACGUUGACUUCAUGGGCACGGAUCCGGCCAUCUUUAGAACCCUGGGGGACAGACCUGCUGUCAGGACGGAGCAAUAUGACUCCCGCUGGCUGAAUGAGCCAGUGUUUGUUAAGAUCCAGCAGAUUCCUGACAGCUCCGAGAGGAAUGAUGAUAAACUCUACUUCUUCUUCCGGGAGAAGAGUCUGGAUGGUGCCGGGGGGGCCAGCCCCAGUGUCCUGGCCAGGGUGGGCCGAGUAUGCCUGAAUGAUGAUGGGGGUCAGAGGUCACUGGUCAACAAGUGGACGACCUUCCUGAAAGCUCGGCUGGUUUGCUCAGUGAUAGGGAGCGAUGGUGUGGAGACCUAUUUCGACGAGCUGAAGGAUGUCUUCAUUCAGCCAACACAAGACCUUCGCAAUCCUGUUGUGUACGCCGUCUUUUCCACUGCGGGUUCUGUGUUUAAGGGCUCAGCCGUGUGUGUCUACUCUAUGUCCGACAUCCGCAAUGUCUUCAAUGGCCCUUUCUCACACAAGCACGGACACAACUACCAGUGGACCCCCUACACUGGAAAGAUCCCCUACCCUCGCCCUGGAACAUGUCCAGGAGGAACGUUCACCCCAGGCCUCCGCUCCACCAAAGAGUUUUCGGAUGAGGCGGUGAACUUUGUGAGGGCGCACCCCCUCAUGUACCACUCUGUCUACCCCAUACACAAGAGGCCUCUGGUGGUGCGAACGGGGGUGGACUACCGCUUCACCUCCAUCGUGGUGGACCUGGUGGAUGCUGUGGACGGGAGGUAUGAGGUGCUCUUCCUGGGCACUGAUCGUGGGACAGUCCAAAAGGUGAUAGUACUUCCUAAAGACACUAGCACAACGGAAGAACUCACGUUAGAGGAGGUGGAGGUGUUCAGGAAUCCAGCUCCUAUUAAGACUAUGAAGCUAUCAUCAAAAAGGCAACAGCUGUAUGUGUCGUCAGAGAUGGGGCUUACCCAGGUGUCCCUGCACAGGUGUGGCGUCUAUGGGAAGGCCUGUUCAGACUGCUGCCUGGCCAGAGACCCUUACUGUGCCUGGGAUGGGGAGACCUGCUCUGCCUUUAGCCCCUCCACCAAGAGGCGGAGCAGAAGACAGGAUAUUAAGCAUGGAGACCCCUUGCGGCAGUGCAGAGGGUUCAAUGCAAAAGUUGAGAAGCGUCUCAGUGAAACAGUGCAGUUUGGGGUGGAGGGGAGUAGCACUUUCCUGGAGUGCCAACCCAGAUCUCCACAAGCGACAGUCAAAUGGCUCUACCAGAAACCAGACGGCAGGAGGAAAGUGCUGAGCCGAGACAGAGAGGUGGUGAAAACUGGUCACGGCAUCCUGCUUAAGUCUUUGAGCCAUGCCGACGGGGGGCUGUACAACUGCCUGGCCACCGAGAACAACUUCAAGCACACGGUGGCCCGCGUGGCCCUCCGCAUCCUGGACCGGGAGAUUGUGGAGGCCCUCACCUCCCCGGACGGCCCCCCGGAGGACCAGAACCCCCAUCACCACCGACACCCCCACCACCACCCUCCGCCUCCACCACCCCCUCCUCACAACCUGCCCCCGCAGUUCUCCUCCCAGCCGGAGAUCCGCCUCAUCAACCAGUACUGUCAGUCCUACUGGCAGCAGCUCAACCUCAACCUGCCCACCAAACGCACUAGCAGGAGGCACACUGAGAGCCAGCCAGAGCCAGCCCCGGGGCCCCUAGCCAGUCCUAAACCCCAUCUCCCUCCCUCUACUCCACUGGUACCUGGGCCAAGCCCUGUAGGGCCUCUGUGGCCCUGCACAAUGGUAACGGGCAGACUCACUCAUGUUGUUGUGAUUUUGUUGUUGUUGUUGUUUAUCUCACUCCCAUUUAGGGUUAGUCUCCAUGAGCCCAAUUCUAACUUUAGAUCUGUGCACAUAGCUCUGUGGUUUCUUGCAAAAUUGGUGUUACACACACGGAGUGUUUGGUCAUAUGAAUCUUUAGAUUAAUCUACAAAUGAACUACCCUAUUCCGUCCAAGCUAGUAACCUGGUUAGUAACUAGUAACUAGUUAGAGCCUUGAAUGCUGAUUGGCUGACAUCUGUGGUAUAUCAGACCGUAUACCACAGGUAUGACAAAACAUUUAUUUUUUCUGCUGUAAUUAUGUUGGUAACCAGUUUAUAAUAGCAAUAAGGCACCUCGGGGGUUUGUCGUACAUGGCCAAUAUACCAAGGCUAAGGGCUGAAUCCAGGCCCUCUGCGAUGCUUAGUGCCUAAGAACAGCCCUUAGCCGUGGUAUAUUGGCCAUAUACCACACCCCCUCAUGCCUUAUUGUUUAAGAAUGUCACAUUGUAUUGUAUCACUCAGUGUAAGAAAUUCUAGAAACUGCAGAGGAUUUUGUUAGUGUACACAAUAGUUGCCUAGCCACCACCAUGGUAGUUAGGUGAUAUAGAGACACUGUAUCAUAUGAAUCAUUGUAAAAUGUGUCACAUGUUGUAUGGCUGCCUCAACCUCACUUUUUACAAUCCAUUUGUUCCACUGAAUCUAGUUGAUGAAACAUGGGCAAUUUAUUAAUAGUAUUACGUAUAUUAUGUUUCCAUUCUAAAUAUUGUUAAAAUAGAAUCCUGUCAAUGUCAAGUCAGAAAGAAUAAGGCUCAGUUUUGGGUUGUUCUUGAAUUGCGGUGGCAUCUGGCCUUGGCAUUUUGGCAGAAAUAGUUUUUUAAUGUUUAAAAAAUGGAUUCUAUUCUAAAUCAACUAAUGUGGAAGUUUAAUGACGAAUUAUUUGUACCAUUAUGAUUACAUUGUGCCACCAGUAGGAGUAGUGUCAGCAAUGACUGUCACACCAAUGACUGUCACCCCAAUGACACAUUUAAGGUAAUAGAGGAUUUUCUUAAAUGGAGGCCACAAAUGUUCAAAUCUAUGGUCACAAUGUCAUUUCCCUUCUUUUAAAUUGAGUAACACCAAUGACACUUUCCAUUUACACAUACUAAAUGAUCAAUGGAAUCCUCAAAUUUGUGACAUACUAAAAGGGUGUGAUUAGCUAAUAACUUUCUUUAAUAUAGACCCCUCCCCAAUAAAAAUUUGCCGCUCGAGGGAUUGCUAAAUGUCCUUCUAUAGCACCAAUGACAUAAAACUUAGGGUCACAUAAUAUUUGUAAAAAAAUAAAAACAAUAAUUGGUUCUAUUGUUCUUUGCUAGGGAUGGGCAACGGCGGCUCACUUUUGUAGGCCCGUGGAUCCCC